AUGUUACUACGAAUAUUCCGAUUCGAGUGGAAUAUUUCAAUCGGAGUCCAAGUUAGGGGUUUGUGGGAGGGCUUCACAGUAAAUGGGAGAUAUGGCCCGGAAUAUCUGGGGGGAAGGGGGGGUACGCUCGGGUUAGGACACAACACACCCAUUCAUACACCACAACGAGUGCCACAAUUAUGCCAUAAAAAUAUACAUCAGUUUAUCAACGGAUAUCACUUUGUAUUGGCUGUCAAUACGGAUAAUAAUGUGAUAUUCAGUUUUGGUCGCAAUAAUGAGGGACAAUUGGGACGGGGUGUGGAUAGGGAUUGGAAUGUAUUCCAUAAACCUUGUGGUGAGAGACAUACAACUGUGUUGACAUCAAAUGGACAGGUAUUCGGGUGGGGGUGUAAUGACGAGGGACAGUUAUGUGACUUUGGUUUGGCUAAAGAGGUCCCAAAUUGUGAUCCGUUUCGUAUGACUAAUGCUAAACAUACAUCAGAUGUCGGUGCCCCAGGCAUAUAUCAAGCACCAGAAGCCCAGACUAAUGAUUACAACCAUUUGAUAGAUAUCUACAGUCUAUCCCUAAUUGGGGCUCAAAUUUUUCGUUUCGAUACAUACGAUAUAGUCGACGGAAAGUAUGAUUAAUGAGAUAGAAAAAGACAAUAAAACUAUUUCUGAAUUAAUGCAUAAAAUGAAUGCAUUAUUGGUGUCAAUGAGUGUCAGUAAGUGGAGUAAAAACGGUUCAACAGAUUGGAGGCAAAGACCCGAAUGUUCGCACAUUUUAUCACAAUUGCAGACAUUUAUCACAAAUAAACCCAUUAUUGGAGACAAAGAAUUCA